AUGUAGUUCGCGCGCCUGGUCCCCAAACCCUUCAACACUCACCCUGCAAAGCCAGCCACCGCAUACCGGUACGCGCCAUCAUUUUCAUGAUGCUCGGCAGGCGUGAAGUCGCGACGCAGGGGGGGCCUAAGCAGCGAUGCAGGGGACUACGCCAACCUGCCUUUACACUGUCCCAUCGCACACCCGUCCCUGGGAUCCGCGCGCGGCUCGCACGCACUGCUGACAUAACUUCGGAGCUGCUCCGGACUGCUGCUUCCGCCUGCCGCUGCACUGCCCAAGCUCGCCUGACAACCUGUGGUGACGUACAGUAGCUCGCAUAUGCGGCUGCAGCUUCUCCUUUCAUCGCGACUGUUUCCUGACGGGAUUGGUUCAGAGUUAACCCCUCGUCCCCACGAGGGCCGCGACGCCAACUCAGUGACGAACUUCGGCACGUGCUAAUGGAGAUGCUGCUUGGUAGAGCGCGGCCUUCGGCCGUGCACCGUGGUGGCGGCGAUGGUGGCGGCGCAGGACCUACGGCGGCGGCGGCGGCGCAGGGCCUCGCAGCGGCGGCGGCGGCGGCGGCGCAGGGGCUGGCGAUGGCCGCGGCGACACAGCGGCUGGCAACUGCGGCGGCGGUGCAGGGCCUGGUGGCGGCGGCGGCGUCGCAGGGCCUGGGCCCACCAGUAGCGGCGUGCAUGUGUGUAGCAGAGGGGGCAGGCAAGGCCACGUGGAGGAAGAGAGCGCGGCGCCACCUGACCGGCCAGAGAAGCGGCGCCGGCGCGCAAGAUGAAACCUGCCGGUGUCUGGAUUGCGGUCUUUGCUGACGAGCAUAGCAUGGCACGGUGUAGGGUAAGGCUUAUUGCUGUUUGGUUUGUUGCCUGCUGGCUUUAUGCUUUACAAUGGUCAUUUUUGGGAUUUCGGCCGAAACCUGCGUGGCAUAUGGUAAGAAGGCUCAAAGGGCUGUAUAGGGCUGUAUCUAUGGGUAUUGACGGCGGGAGACAGGGGUUCCCCUGGCGGGAGAGUGAGAUUGGGUCGGCGGGAAGCAGGGGAGGAGUGGGCGUGUCGUGUCGGUGUCGACAUCGGGGGCGGAGCCCCCGGAAAAAUUUUGGGGGUGAACGAAGCGGCGGCAGCCUCUUUCGUCAACUAAACGAAG